AUGGCAGGGGAGGGGGAGGAGAAGAUGCUGAUAUAUGCGAUGGUGGCGCGGGGGACGACAGUAGUGGCGGAGCAGACGGUGUACGAGGGCAACUUCCGGGACAUCGCCGCUCAGUGUCUGCAGCGGCUCCCCUACGCCCGCGACGACCGCUUCACCUACGCCUGCGACGGACACACCUUCACCUUCCUCGUCCACCAAGGAUACGCAUUCUGCGUCGUCGCGAACGAGGCGGCUGGGCGUGAGGUCCCUCUGGCUUUCCUGGAGAUGAUCAAGGAGGAUUUCAACAAGAGAUACGCCGGAGGGAAAGCGGCCACCGCCGCAGCCAACAGCCUCAGCAGAGAUUUCGGACCAAGGCUUAAGGAGCAGAUGCAGUACUGCAUGGAUCACCCUGAGGAGUUGAGCAGGAUGUCCAAGGUCAAAGCCCAGGUCUCUGAAGUCAAAGGAAUCAUGAUGGAGAAUAUCGACAAGGUUAUUGAUCGCGGAGAACACAUCGAUGGUCUCGUCACCAGGACAGAGCAGCUGCAUGAACAGGCUGCCGAUUUCAGGCAGCAGGGCACGCGGAUAAGGCGUAAGAUGUGGUUCCAAAACAUGAAGGUCAAGCUCAUUGUCCUCGGCAUCGUUGUCGCCCUCAUCCUCAUCAUCGUACUCUCGAUUUGCCACGGAAAAUGCCACUAG